AUACAGUAUCAACGUACUCUUCACAUCUAUGGACUUCAACCGAGCCACCAAUUUUGUGGACUGCUCCCGAGAUGGCUCGCGKUUCCUGCCUGCCCGCGUCCAAAGAUUUUGCCGAGAAAAAUUGCCGUGGGUCUUUUUCGAAAACAUCUAGAAGCAAAUUUGGACACUCGCAUUCCAAUUCGCAUCCAAAACCCAAUCCGCAGAAAGAACCACACCAACCACCAACGCCACCAUGAUCCUGCUGUCCUUUCUUCUCGACCGCUACCUCUUCCCGAACCACCGCCGAAUGGACCGGACGGACCACGCCCUCCGGUUUACCAUCUGGGCCGGCCUGGCCGUCUUGUUCCUGACGCUCCCCGACCUCUACGGCGUCGUGGCCGCCGGCGACGAAGAGGCGUCGUCGUCGUCGUCGUCGUCGUCGUCUUCCGGGCUCCCGGGCCCCGACUUUUUCGACGCCUGCAGCAAGGGCGAGACCGACCUCGUCGCGGAGGCCAUGCAGAGCCACCCCGAGUGGGCCAACGCCCGGACCCCCAACGGGGAGACCUGCCUCCACCUCGCCGGGAUCUACGGGGCGUCGUCCGUCACGGCCCUGGUCCUGGAGCACGGGGGCGACCCGAACGUCCGGUCGACCUACGAGAAGGGCCUGCGGAUGCACCCGCUCAGCUGGAACGUCUACGGGGGGCACCUGAAAAACAUCGAGCUGCUSCUGGGGGCCGGGGCGGACGUCAACCUCGACUUUGAUUCCAUGGUGGGGGACGGGGAUCCCGUCACGCCGAUGGACGUCCUGCUGGAGCUGGUCAAGAACGAAAAGGGGGACGACCGGUUUUCCGCCAUCGAGGCGGUCUUUCGGAAGCACGGGGCCAAGACCAUGGAGGAGCUCAGAGCGUCCGCGUCGGCGUCGUCGAACGAGCUGUAGCGGUUCGACAGGGAGCUUCCUGCCGUCGAAUGGCAUGGCGCCRCRGCCGUUGCCUUGGUGGACYCGAUGCAAGACCAAYCAAU